AUGGAGAGCCCAAUUUCCCCUCUUAAGAACAGCCCCGUGAGGUUUGUCGCUCCAGGUGCAGCAACAAACCCAACAGCAGCAGCAGCAGCAGCAGCAGCACCAGCCGCAGCAGCAAUGGGGAAGGUGCAGAAGAAGAGCAGCAGCAGCAGCAGCAGCAGUCCGCCGCAGGACUCGGCUUCUGCUGCGCACAUUUUUGAAGCCGCAGCAGAUCGUCUGCAGCAGCAGCACCAGCAGCAGCAGCAGCAGCAGCAGCAGCAGCAGCAAAAGGGAAAACAUGCUGCUGCUCUCUCCCGCCUGGAUGAAACCAUGGCAUCUCGCCGCAGCGCAGCAGCAGCAGCAGUGGCGCCGGCGGCCCCCACAGCAGCAGCAGCAGCAGCAGGAAAGGUGCAGCAGGCGGAACAGCUGCUGCAACAGCAGCAGCUGUUGCAGCAACAGCAGCAGCAGCAGCAGCAGCAGGCACAAGUUGUCCUGAAGCUGCAGCAGCAAGUAAGGGACCUGCAGCAGCAACUGCAGCAGCAGCAACGCGCUAAGCAGGGUCAGAAGCAGCAGCAGGAGAGCUCUUCUGGUUGGCAGAAGGAAGCGCAGCGGCUGCCGCAGCUGCAGCAGCAGCACGAGGAGCUGCUGCAGCAGCACCAGCAGCUGCAGCAGCAGCAUUCAGCAAUGGCCGAUGCGCUGCAGGCAGCCAUUGGCAAGUACAAGAGUUUGAAGGAGGAGCAGCAGCAGCAGCAGAAUGAGCAGCAGCAGCAGCAGCACCUGCUGCGGACAGCACAGGAGAAGCUUCGCCAUGAGAUGGAGCAGCGCGAGGCAUCUGCUGCUGCUGCUGCUGCUGCUGCACAGGAAGAACGUCGUGUGCUUCAGCAGCAGCUGGAAGAGCAACAGCAGCAGCUGCAGCAGCGACAGCAGCAGCUGCAGCAGCGACAGCAGCAGCUGGAAGAGCAACAGCAGCAGCUGCAGCAGCGACAGCAGGAGCUGGAGCAGCAAAAGCAGCAGCUGCAGCAGUUUGAAAAGCAGGAGCAGCAGCUGCAGCUGCAGCUGCAGCAGUAUGAAAAGCAGCAAGAUGAGAUGAGCGAGCUCAAGCGGCAGCUGCAGCAGCAGCAGCAGCAGCAGGUGGACGAGAGGCAGCAGAGCCAGGAGCAGCAGCAGAAACAGCAGGCUGAGGUGAACAAUCUGAAGCAGCAGCUGCAGCAGCUGCAGCAGCUGCAAGAGCAGCAGAAGGAGGAGCUAUCUGGUCUCAAAGAGCAAAUGCACCAGCAGCAGCAGCAACUGCAGCAGAAGCAGCAAUUACUGGAGCAGCAGCAGCAGCAACUGCAGCAGAAGCAGCAAUUACUGGAGCAGCAGCAGCAGCAACUGCAGCAGAGCGAGCUGCUACUGGGGCAGCAGCAGCAGCAACUGCAGCAGACGGAGCAGCUACUGGAGCAGCAGCAGCAGCAGCUGCAGCAGAAGGGGCAGCUAGUGGAGCAGCAGCAGCAGCAACUGCAGCAGAAGGGGCAGCUACUGGAGCAGCAGCAGCAGCAACUGCAGCAGAAUGAGCAGCUACUGGAGCAGCAGCAGCAGCGGUUGCAACAACAAGAGCAGCAGCUUCAGCAGCGGCAACAGUAUCAGGAGCAGCAGCAAGAUGAGAUUGCUGACCUGAAGCAGAAGCUGCUGGAGCAACAGCAGCAGAUGCUGCAGAAGGAGCAGCAGCUGCAGCACGAGCAGCAGCAGCAGCAGCAGCAACAGGUUGAACUAGACGACCUGAAGCAGCAGCUGGAACAGCAGCAGCAGCAGCAGCAGCACCUGGAGCAGCAGGGGCUGCAGAAGGAGCAGCAGCUGCAGCAAGAGCUGCAGCAGAAACAACAACAGCAAGAUGAGAUUGAUGACCUGAAGAAACAGCUGCAGCAACAGCAGCAGCAGCUGCUGCGGGAGCAGCAGCAGCUGCUGGAAAAGGAGCAGCGGCUAGAGCAGCUACAGCAGCAGCAAGAGCUGCAGCAAGGCGAAAUAGCUGAUCUGAAGCAGCAGCUGCAGCAACAGCAGCAGCUGCUGCUGCGGGAACAGCAGCAGCUGCUGGUAAAGGAACAGCAGCUAGAGGAGCAGCAGCAGCAGCAAGUGUUGCAGCAGGACGAAAUAGUUGAUCUGAAGGAGCAGCUGCAGCAACAGCAGCAGCUGCUGGUGCAGAGGGAAGAUGAGCUGCAGCAGCAAAAGCAGCUAAAACUCCAGCAGCAAGAUGAAAUAAGUGACCUAAAGCAGCAGCUGCAGGAGCAACAGCAGCAGCAAAGGGAACAGCAGCAGCAGCAGGACAAUGAAAUGUGCUGCCUGAAGCAGAAGCUGCAGCAGCAACAACAGGAGCAACAGCAGCAGCAAGGCGAGCUCAGUGACCUUCAGAAGCAGCUACAGCAGCAGCAACAGGAGAUGCAGCAGAAGGAGGAGCAGGUGCAGCAGCAACAGCAGCAGCUGCAGCAGCAACAGGAGCAGCUGCUGCAACAGCAGCAGCGGCAGGACGAAAUAAAUGACCUUCAGCAGCAGCUGAAGCAAGAACAGCAGCAGCUGCAGCAGAAGGAGCAGCAGCUAGAGCAGCAGCAACAGCAGCUGCAGGGGGAACGGGAGCAACUGCAGCAGCAAGAGCAGCAGUUGCAGCAGCAGCAGCAGCAGCUUCAACAGCAACAGCAGCAGGUACAACAGGAGCAACAGCAGCUGGAGCAGCAGCAGCAGCAGCUAGAGCAGCAACAGCUGCAGCUCCAACAGAAAGAGCAGCAGCUGCAGCUGCAACAGCAGCAGCAAGAAAAUGCAGAUGCUCUCAAGCUGCAGCUGGACGAGCGGUCGCGGGAGCUCGUGCUGCAGCAGGAGGAGCUAAAAAGGAGCAGCAGCGAGUCUGCAGCACAGGCAGCAGCAGCAGCAGCAUCGCAGCAGCAAGUUGCUGCUCUUGAGGGCGAACUGAGGGAGGCCCGUGCUGCUGCUGCUGCUGCAGGCGAAGCGCUGGAGCAGCUGCAGCAAAAGCACCAGCAGCAGGAGCAGCAGCUAGAGGAGGCGCUGAAGGAGCAGCAAGAGCAGCAGCAGUCCCACAAGAAGCUGGAGCACGAGAUGCUGCAGCUACAGCAGCGAUACGAGCAGCAGCAAGAGCAGCAGCAGCAGCUGCAGCAGCAGCAAACUGCACUAGAGGAGGCCCGGCGAGCAGAGGCCUCUUGGCGCUCGCAGGCAGCAGCAUAUGAGCAGCAAGUUGAUGCUGUCAAACGAGAGCUGCAUCUGCUGCAGCAGCAACUGCAGCAGCAGCAGCAGGAGCAGCAGAAGCAGCAGCAGCAGCAGAAGCAGGCUGCACCAGAGAGUGAGUAUCUUGCUGAGCUGGCAGCAGCAGCAGCAGCAGCACCAGGUACACAGAGCUACAGCAGGAGAAAAGAGAUGGCGUUCGCAGUAGAAAGGCCACAAGACCAGCAGCAGCAGCAGCAGCAGCAGCUGAAGCAGCACCCAGCAGCAGCAGGCUCGUCAGCCGCGUUGAUAAUCCCCUUAGGGCCGCCUGCUGAGGCCCGUCAGAAGCAGCAGCAGCAACAGCAGCAGCAGCAACAGCAGCAGCAGCAGCAGGAACAGAAGCUGAAAGAGAAGAGGGGCAUUAGUCUGCUGAGCUGCAGCAGCAGCUGA